UCUACCAGUGCGACGGUGACUGUUAGCGGGCUGGCAGUAACCUCCAUCAAUAACAAGGAUGGCAAAGGGGCUGGCAAGGACUCCUACACCAUGUAUACCGGGGACGGCUCGACCAGCGCCGGCUGGCCCGCGCAGUCUGACUGUAUUGACAGGUGGAGUGCCAACAAGGCCACCAUCGGCAAGUCCUGUGCCCAGUUCGGAGUGGCCGACAACUCCGCGACUGAGACCCAGGAGUUGUACGAUGCGAUCCAGGAGGUGGCGACCAGCUCGAAAGUUGACCACCGCUUCAUCCUGGCGGUGGUGAUGCAGGAGUCCAAGGGUUGCGUGCGGGCCCCGACCUCGACGUACAGUGUCAGCAACCCCGGCCUGAUGCAAAGCUACAAGGGCACUGGGACCUGCAACAACGGGGGCAGCGUGAAGAACCCCUGCCCUAAAACGGAGAUCGUGCAGAUGAUCAAGGAUGGAGCUAUUGGAACCAGCGACGCUGAUGGAUACGGUCUCGCCUCGCUGCUCGACAAGUCUGCCCGGACCAAUGCCGCGGGCUUCUAUCGUGCGGCCAGAAUGUACAACUCGGGUGCCUGGUCUAUCCCGUCUUCUGGUAAUCUGAGUGGAGCUGGGGCGACGGCUUGUUACGCUUCUGAUAUUGCUAACCGGUUGACUGGAUGGGUGAGCGCUGCCACCAAGUGCACUGACUGA